AUGUCUGCAGGGGAAGAGGACGUAAGGGAAGUGGUGGUUAUGGUCGCAACCAGCAGCCGUCGCCGUCAUUCGGACGUGGCGGGGGCGUUCCGAGUUUACAACGCUUCUCCUCCGUCUGUCCAGCACAACCCGCACUUUCUACCUUGGCUUCCAGUGGCUGAGGAGAAACAGACAGAGCAGCAGCAGUCACCACCGGUUUCUUCGCAGGGUAAGAGGUCUCCGGGAAGACCAGAUCUCUGUCAGCCACUUGAACUACAAAGUGAUUCGCUUUCACGAUCACCUUCCUUCCAACUGUGCCGAAACCUGGUCUUCCCGGAGACCUCGUGCCCUUCGAAGAAACCGGUGGUGGCUGCUGUUGCUCUGUCUGUUCCUCUUCAGCCACUAUUUAAAACUAAAAAUGUCUGCACGGGAAGAGGACGCAAGGGAGGUGGUGGAUACGGUUGCGACCAGCAGUCGACGCCAUCAUUCGGAAGUGGCGAGGGCGUUUCGGAGUUUACAACGCUUCGCAUCAAGCGAUGUACUCCUCCGUCCGUUCAGCACAAUCCCGCUGUUUCUACCUUGGCAUUGAGUGAUGAGGUCGAGCAUAAACUCAAUCCAGACCCGCCUGCUUCGUUGCUUAUUAGCCGGUGUAACCAGCUCCAGUGGCUGAGGAGGAACAGACAGAGCAACAGUAGCCACCAACGGUUUCUUCGAAGGGCACGAGGUCUUCGGGGAGACCAGGUUUCGGCACAGUUGGAAGGAAGAUUGAAAACUAAAAAUGUCUGCACGGGAAGAGGACGCAAGGGAGGUGGUGGAUACGGUUGCGACCAGCAGUCGAAGCCAUCAUUCGGAAGUGGCGAGGGCGUUUCGGAGUUUACAACGCUUCGCAUCAAGCGAUGUACUCCUCCGUCCGUCGAGUACAAUCCCGCUGUUUCUACCUUAGCGUUGAGUGAUGAGGUUGAGCAUAAACUCAAUCCAGACCCGCCGCUUCGUUGCUUAUCAGCCGGUGUAACCAGCUCCAGUGGUUGA